AUGCCUAGUACCGUAGCCGAAAAAGAAGCUCGCAGCGAAAGAAAAGACAGAAAGGAGAAAAAGGAGAAGAAGGAAAAGUCUUCCCGUAAGCGUGAUAGAGAUGAAAAGUCCAUUGCCGAUGAUGUUGAUGUUACCUCCAAUGCUACAUCUGCUGCUGCAUCUCCCGUCAAUGAUUCUCCUGAACCUGAAAACAAGAAGCGCAAGGUUGUUGAAGAGAUCGAUAUCAACACUGAUGACAUUCCCGAAAACCUUCGUCUCUCCAACUUUCGUAUCUCUCAAGGCACUAUUGACAACCUCGAAGCCAAGGGCAUCAAGUCUCUUUUCGAAAUCCAAGCUGCUACUUUUGAUACCAUCUUCGACGGUAAUGAUGUCCUUGCUCGUGCUCGCACUGGUACUGGUAAGACAUUGGCAUUCGCUUUGCCUGUCAUUGAAAGACUCGCUCUUGACAAAGAAUACACUGUGCGUCGUGGUCGCUCUCCCCGUGUGCUAGUUCUCUGUCCCACUCGUGAUUUAGCCAAGCAAGUCUGUGGUGAUUUCGAGCAACUCUCUGGUAACCGUCUCAAGACUUUACCCGUCUAUGGUGGUGUCCCUUACAAUGAACAAACCUCUGUCUUUAGAGACGGUGUUGAUGUCGUCGUCGGUACUCCUGGUCGUAUUCUGGAUCACAUCAAAUUUGGCAAUAUGAAAUUGAGCGACCUUAAGUUUAUCAUUCUCGAUGAAGCUGAUGAAAUGUUGGAUGCCCGUGGUUUUGAGGAGGAUAUGUUCAACUUGCUGUCUAGCAUUCAAGAACAAAAAACCUCUCGUGAUUACCAAACCUUAUUGUUCUCCGCCACUGUUCCUGAAUCAGUCAUGGAAACUAUCAAACGUUUCCUCAAGGAAGACUAUGAACGUAUUGAUUUGAUCGGUAAUGCAAAGAACAGAACCAACACCAACAUUCGUCACAUUGCCAUGCCAUCCUCUUACCACACUCGUGCUGAUAUUAUUGGUGAUGUUGUCAAUGUGUAUGGUCGCAGUGGUUUGACAGUUAUCUUCUGUGCUACAAAGGCUGAUGCCAAUGAAUUGGGUGCUCAUGAUAAGAUCAAGCAAGAUGCUGCUGUUUUGCACGGUGAUAUUGCUCAAUCUUCCCGUGAAGCUACUAUGAAGGCUUUCCGUGAAGGCAAAUACAAAUGUAUUGUCUGUACUGAUGUUCUCGCUCGUGGUUUGGAUAUCCCUCAAGUUGAUUUGGUUAUCAACUGUCAACCCCCCAAGGAUACUGAGUCUUAUGUCCACCGUUCUGGUCGUACUGGCCGUGCUGGUCGUUCUGGUGUCUGUGUCACUUUCUUCAAGCCCGCUGAAGAAGGCCUUUUGUCUUACAUCUCCAAGCGCACUGGUGUUAAGUUUGAACAUUUGUCAGCCCCUCGUCCCGAAGAUAUUAUUGAAGCUACCACUGAGGAUGCUUUCAAGUCUAUUGAUAUGGUCAAGCCCGACGUUUUGCCCUUCUUCUCUGCAUCUGCCAAGCAAUUAAUUGAAAAGCAUGGUGCUGAAAACGCUGUUGCUGCUGCCCUCGCAUUCAUGACAGGCUAUCAUCAAGGUGUUCCUAGCCGCUCUCUUUUGAGUUCUCAAGAAGGUCAAACUACUCUCCUCAUGCAGUUGACAUACACAAUCCAACAUCCUGGUUAUGUCCGUAAUAUCCUUAACCGUGAGUAUCCUGAAUUAGGCUAUGAUGAUUUGAAGAGCUGGCGUAUGACUCAAGAUUCCAUGGGCGUUGUUUUCGACAUCAACUCCUCCAAAUGUGAAGUACAAGAAGAUGGUACCGUUCUUUUGGCUGGCAGACCUUGGACUUCUCACAACAUUACCUUGACUGCUCCUUCUACUCUUCCUCCUCUUCAAGAACGUGAUAACAGAGGUGGUAGAGGUGGUGGAGGCUAUGGCGGCGGUCGUGGUGGUAACUCAUAUGGCGGUGGACGCGGUGGAGGCCGAGGCGGUUAUGGUGGAGGUAAUCGUAACGGUGGCUAUGGCGGUGGCAACCGUGGUGGAAACGGCGGUGGCUAUGGCGGUGGCAAUCGUAAUGGUGGCGGCGGUGGUUAUGGUGGUCGUAGCGGUGGUGGCUACGGUGGCCGUUAA